CGCUGUGUGCGCUCGGCGCCCGGGGCGGAGCCCUUCGCUGUCCGCCGCCCGCCGCAGCCGCCGCCCUGCGCCCGCCACCGGAGCGCCCCCCGCCAUGGACGACAUCUUCACGCAGUGCCGGGAGGGCAACGCCGUGGCCGUGCGGCUCUGGCUGGACAACACCGAGAACGACCUCAACCAGGGCGAUGACCACGGCUUCAGCCCGCUGCACUGGGCGUGCCGCGAGGGCCGUGCCAGCCUGGUGGACAUGCUGAUCAUGCGCGGUGCCCGCAUCAACGUCCUGAACCGCGGCGACGACACCCCCCUGCACCUGGCAGCCAGCCACGGGCACCGCCACAUCGUCCAGAAGCUGCUGCAGUUCAAGGCGGACAUCAACGCGGUGAACGAGCACGGGAACAGUGCCCUGCACUAUGCCUGCUUCUGGGGGCACCAGCAGGUGGCAGAGGACCUGGUGGGCAGUGGUGCCCUGGUGAGCGUCGCCAACAAGUACGGAGAGACGCCCCUGGAGAAAGCCAAGCUGGCACUGCGCCAGCUGCUGCGAGAGCGCGCGGAGCAGCUGGGGCAGAGCCUGACCAAGAUCCCCUACAAGGACACCUUCUGGAAGGGCACCACCCGCACGCGCCCACGCAAUGGCACCCUCAACAAGUUGGCUGGCAUCGACUUCAAGCAGCUGAGCCUGAGCCAGAAGCUCAACGAGAAUCAGUCAGGAGAGCUGUGGCGCGGGCGCUGGCAGGGCACCGAGGUUGCCAUCAAGGUGCUGAAGGUGAGGGACUGGAGCACGAGGAAGAGCAGAGACUUCAGCGAGGAGUACCCCAGGCUGCGACUUCGUGGUGGACCAGACGCAGGCGGUGAAGUUUGCGCUGGAGCUGGCACGGGGCAUGGCAUUCCUGCACACCCUGGAGCCUCUGGUGCCACGCCACCACCUCAACAGCCGCAGCGUCAUGAUCGACGAGGACCUGACGGCGCGGAUCAGCAUGGCCGAUGCCAAGUUCUCCUUCCAGUGCCCGGGCAGGAUGUAUGCCCCCGCCUGGGUGGCGCCCGAGGCGCUGCAGCGCCGCCCGGAGGAGAUCAACCGGCGCUCUGCCGACAUGUGGAGCUUCGCCCUGCUGCUCUGGGAGCUGGUCACGCGCGAGGUGCCCUUCGCAGACCUCUCCAACAUGGAGAUUGGCAUGAAGGUGGCCCUGGAGGGGCUGCGCCCAACCAUCCCCCCUGGCAUCUCGCCACACAUCUGCAAGCUGAUGAGGAUCUGCAUGAACGAGGACCCUGCCAAGCGCCCCAAGUUCGACAUGAUCGUGCCCAUCCUCGAGAAGAUGCAGGACAAGUAGGGCACUGCCAGCCCUGCCCCUCCCCCGCCCCCCCCACAAGUGCCUUCUCCAUGCCCCCGGGAGCAGCCUGCCCUUCCCCCCGGGCACACGGUACAGACACACCGCGGGCACGGGCACCCUGCCAGGUCGUGGGCACACGGUGGCACCGUGGGCAUACGGCCGGGCCAGGGGCAUGCUGCAGGAGCACAGCUCGGGCAGCUCCUGUGCCCUCCUGGCAGCCACAGGCAGAGGCCAGCAGGGCUGUGGCACCCUCCUGCCCCACUGCCACCCCCUCCCCACAGCGGGCAGUGCCCAGGGUGCCAGCUCCGGCGGGCAGUGCCCCUGCCCGGCAGCUUGCCCAGCACCAGCUCAGCUUUGCACUGCACUGCAAUAAACACCUCUGACCCCA